GAUGGGAUGGGAGCGAUGGAUUCGAACCAAAAUAAAUGCGCAAUGCAUACAAGGAGCGUACAGCGCGCCCGAGAGUUGGAGAGCCGGAGAGCAGCUCGCAACAACAAACGCAGCAGCAGCAGCAGCAACAGCAGCAGCAGCAACAGCAGCAGCAGCAGCAACUUUGCUGGGAAGAAUCCUUUUUUAAAAAGUUGCCACAGCUUCGACUGCAUCUGCCACAACAUCAGCCUUCACGUUCGCUCGUCGACGGUUUUUUCAAUUUUUUUUUUUUUUUCUUCUUACGCG